AUGAGUCCUGCAGCCCCGGUUCCGCCUGACUCCACCCUGGAAAGUCCUUUUGAAGAAAUGGCCCUGGUGAGGGGCGGCUGGCUGUGGAGACAGAGCUCCAUCCUCCGCCGCUGGAAGCGAAACUGGUUUGCCUUGUGGCUGGAUGGGACCCUGGGCUACUACCAUGAUGAGACUGCACAGGACGAGGAGGAUCGCGUGCUCAUCCAGUUCAAUGUCCGCAGCAUAAAGAUCGGCCAAGAGUGCCACGAUGUGCAGCCCCCAGAGGGCCGGAGCCGAGACGGCCUGCUGAUUGUGAACCUCCGGGAGGGCUCCCGCCUGUAUCUGUGCGCAGAGACCAAGGACGAUGCCGUAGCGUGGAAGACGGCGUUACUGGAGGCGAAUUCUACCCCGGCCCCAACCGGAGCCACCGUCCCUCCCAGGAGCCGCCGGGUUUGCCCCAAGGUCAGGUGUGUGACCCGCUCGUGGAGCCCCUGUAAGGUUGAGAGGCGGAUCUGGGUGCGUGUCUACAGCCCGUACCAGGACUACUAUGAGGUGGUAACUCCCAACGCUCAUGAAGCCACAUACGUACGCAGCUACUACGGACCGCCCUAUGCAGGACCCGGCGUGACGCACGUAGUAGUGCGGGAGGAUCCCUGCUACAGUGCGGGCGCUCCGCUGGCCAUGGGCAUGCUCGCGGGGGCCGCCACAGGUGCCGCGCUCGGCUCGCUCAUGUGGUCUCCCUGUUGGUUCUGA